AUGCUACAUAGCAUGUCUAUUUCACGACAUCCUUGGCGGGUCAUUCUACCGUUACAGUCCGUCAUUCAUCCACCAGUUCACCGGGCACCACCUGGGGUCCGCCAUUACUCCAUCUUCGAGGAUUGGAAGGGAAGUUCAGCGGAGGAUCACACACGCAAACGGGCUCAGAGAGGUGAUGCAGAGGAUGUACACUCAGAGUCAGCGGCCACUGGGUUGAGGGAAAGGAAAAUGAAUCAGGGUAUUGCAGAUGACACCAAGUCACAGGGUAUUACGGAGAGAGGCGGGACCAAGCAUGGGAAGAAGGCCAAAGAGGAGCACCCCAAAGCACCAGAGCCAGUCAUUGGCAUGAAUGACGAACGCGCAAAGAAGGGUGGUUGA